AGAAGCUCAUCUGUUGGGAAGUCGGGAGGAGAACUAACUAGAAACCCGGAGCCAAGUAGAGACUUUUCUAUUUAACCCCCUUAUAAGUCAACCUUCCAUAGGAGAAAGGGACUGCAACUUGUUUAACGUCGUUUCCUUUUCUCGUUAAAAAAGGUAGCUAACGGUAGCUCAGUUAGCUAUAUUUAAGGGACACUAUUUGGUCUCGCUUCACAAAUAAGGAUAAGGCAGGUUGCUGCUGGCAGGCUUUCUCAAGUAGCUUUUUCCUCGGCUAACCUGCUAACCUUAGUUUGCGAGAAGAAAAGGAGGCAAGAACAUGGAGUUGGACGAUGGAGUUCUCUACCAGGACGACUCUGGUAGUUCGGCGAUGAUGUCCGAACGGGUGUCUGGUCUGGCGAGCUCCAUUUACCGGGAGUUUGAACGGUUGAUCGGUCAGUACGACGAGGACGUUGUGAAAGAACUCAUGCCGCUCGUCGUCGCGGUGUUGGAGAACUUGGACGCGGUGUUCGCGGAGAACCAGGAGCACGAAGUUGAGUUGGAGCUCCUAAAAGAAGACAACGAACAACUUGUUACCCAGUAUGAACGGGAGAAAUCGCUCAGAAAAUCUGCAGAAGAGAGGUACAUGGUGUUUGAGGACAGUCAGGAGACAGAGAAGAAGGACCUUCAGAGUCGACUGGUCAUGCUGGAGUCACAAACACGUCAAAUGGAGCUCAAGACCAGGAACUACUCGGACCAGAUUGGCAGAUUGGAGGAACGAGAAGCCGAGCUGAAGAAAGAGUACAAUGCCCUCCACCAGAGACACACAGAGAUGAUCCACAGCUACAUGGAGCACUUGGAACGUACCAAACACCAGCAGCACGCGGCGGUGCAUGAGGCGCCUACAGACACAAGCACAAGCAGAUCACGGAAGGAGCGUCCCAUCUCAAUGGGGUUAUUCCCAUUACCAGGAUAUGAUUUGACCAGUGACUCGCAGAGGGAAGCUGUUGAAACGCCGUCUGAAGCCUGGAGAUGUAAGGACCUGAGCCACCCUCGCUCCAACACCAGCCUCAAGGAUGAGAUGUCUAAUGCGAACCGUGGAGGCUCCAAGUCCAACAUGCCCAUGUCUCCUAAAGGGGGCUCCAAGUCGGGGACCCCCAUGUCUCCUAUAGGGGGCUCCAAGUCCAACAUGCCCAUGUCUCCUAAAGGGGGCUCCAAGUCGGGGACCUCAUUUGGGGCUCCCGCUCAAGGAGGUUCCAAAAUGUCCUCACAACAAGGUGGCUCUAAAUCAGGCACCCCCAUGUCUUCUCAACGAGGGUCCAAAUCGGGUACCCCCAUGUCAUCUCAAGGAGGGGACUCAAAGUCGCUUACCCCAUUGUCCACGCAAAACGGUGGCUCUAAUUUGGUCAUUCCACUGUCUUCUCAAGGGGGCGGGUCUAUGUCGGCCAGUCCCAUGUCUACUUCCGAGUCUGACGUUGCCAUGGCAUCGGUGAGCACGCCACUCCAGGAAGAGUUUGAGAAAGUGGGCAAGGGUCUGAACAGGAACCUGGACAGAAGCAACAGGAAGCCAGAGAACAUCGGCAGUAAGAACACCACAGUACCAGAGGAUCAGGAGGGUCCAGAAAGACAGAACUUAGAACUGAGAGGAGGGUCAGGACCUCGCACAGCAGAUGAUAACACUGAGUCAUUGGAGGUGCAGGCCAUCAUAGAGUCCACUCCUGAACUGGACAUGGACCUUAGCGGCUACAGAGACGCCAGUACUCCUACUGAAGGAGUAGGUAUAGAGAACAUGGCGUUCGACAGGAACACUGAGUCUCUGUUUGCAGAGCUGUCCUCGGCAGGACCCGACAUGGAAAUAGCAGACAUGGACGAGGGGGCUGACCUGCUGGGUAUGGGCCGUGAAGUGGAGCAUCUCAUCCACGAGAACACUCAGCUGCUGGAGACCAAAAAUGCAUUGAACCUGGUGAAGAAUGACCUGAUGGCGCGUGUGGAUGAGCUGUCGUGUGAGAAGGAGGUGCUGCAGGGAGAGCUGGAGGCUGUGACUCAGGCCAAGACCAGACUGGAGGAGAAGAGCAAGGAACUGGAGGAGGAACUCAAGAAGGUUCGGGCUGAGGCGGAGGAGGCCAAAACAAAGACGAAGAGUGAGAACAAUGAGGAAGAUGCGGAUGUUCCCACGGCCCAGAGGAAGAGGUUCACCAGGGUAGAGAUGGCCAGAGUCCUGAUGGAGAGGAACCAGUACAAAGAGAGACUGAUGGAGCUACAGGAAGCUGUACGAUGGACAGAGAUGAUACGAGCAUCGAGAGAGAAUCCAGCCACCGCAGACAAGAAGAAAUCCAGCAUCUGGCAGUUUUUCAGUCGGUUGUUCAGUUCGAGUGGAGGAGCGGCUAAGAAGCCUGCGGAGGCUGCGCCAGUGAAUGUGAAGUACAACGCCCCCUCCUCCCAGGUCCAGCCCUCUGUGAAGAAGAGGAGCGCAGCUCUGCAACAGCUACCCAGCCACAAGAGCAAGGCUUUCGACUUCCUCAAUGAGGAGUCUGAGUCAGGCAACAUGGUGUCUCGCAGGGAGCAGAAGAGAGCCCAGUACAGACAGGUGAAAGCCCACGUUCAGAAGGAGGACGACGGCAGGGUACAGGCCUACGGGUGGAGCUUGCCGCAGAAAUUCAAGGUGGCCAAUGGUGGUCAGACGUUAGAGAACAAGAUGAAGAAUCUACCUGUACCUGUCUACCUCCGACCACUGGAUGAGAAAGAUGCUACCAUGAAGUUGUGGUGUGCUGCGGGUGUGAACCUGUCGGGGGGUAAGACUCGUGACGGCGGGUCUAUAGUAGGUGCCAGUGUGUUCUACAGUGACCUGACCAGCCCUGGUCCUGAGAGCCCUCUCAGGAAGACAGGAUCACAGAGCAGUCUGGACAAACUGGACCAGGACCUAAAGGAGCAGGAGAAGGAGCUGCUCCACCAGGAGGAGCUGUCCUCUCUGGUGUGGAUCUGUACCAGUACUCAGGCCACCACUAAGGUCAUCGUCAUCGAUGCCAACCAGCCUGGGAACGUCCUGGAGAAUUUCUUUGUCUGCAACUCUCAUGUUCUCUGCAUCGCCAGUGUGCCAGGUGCCAGAGAGACAGACUAUCCGGCAGGGGAGGAGGUGCCCCAUGACGCGGGGUCGGGUGCUGAGGGCGGGACUUUGCAAGCCAGCACAACCAGUAGUUGCUCAAUGGGCGAAGCUGGAGUGCUGGCAGGGAUCAAUGUGGUUGGCUGCUCUACAGAGGGGGCAGUGGCUACCCCCCAGACAGCAGGAGCAGAGAAUGACACCGACACAGACGCCAAGGCUGCAGAGGAGGCUACUGAAGCUACAGAGGCCAGUGCGGGUCCUGCAGGCCCGGAGCAUGACUUAAGUCAGAGGGGAGUCUACACUGAACAUGUCUUCACUGACCCUCUGGGAGUACAGAGCACUAGUCCUGGGGAGACGCCAGCCAACUACACACAGAGGGAGUCUGAUCUGGUGAAGGAUGGAGUUAGCUCCAACCCUAACCCAGAGGAACAGGACCUGAUGAGAGAAGAAGCCCAGAAGAUGAGCAGUGUUUUACCAACCAUGUGGCUUGGGGCACAGAACGGAUGUGUGUACGUGCACUCGUCAGUGGCCCAGUGGAGGAAGUGUCUCCACUCUAUAAAGCUGAAGGACUCUGUCCUGGGCAUUGUCCAUGUGAAGGGGAGAGUGUUGGUGGCUCUGGCUGAUGGAACACUGGCUAUCUUCCACAGAGGAGUGGAUGGUCAGUGGGACCUGACUAACUACCACCUACUAGACCUGGGCAGACCCCACCACUCUGUCCGCUGUAUGACCGUGGUUCACGACAAGGUCUGGUGUGGCUACAGGAACAAGAUCUACGUGGUCCAGCCCAAAGCCAUGAAGAUAGAGAAGUCGUUUGAUGCCCACCCCCGUAAGGAGAGCCAGGUGAGACAGCUGGCGGGGGAAGGAGAUGGUAUCUGGGUGUCCAUCCGACUGGACUCUACUCUGAGACUGUUCCAUUCCCACACACACCAACACCUGCAGGACGUUGACAUAGAGCCCUACGUCAGCAAGAUGCUGGGUACGGGGAAGCUGGGCUUCUCCUUUGUCAGGAUCACAGCUCUCAUGGUGUCCUGUAACCGUCUUUGGGUCGGCACUGGCAAUGGAGUCAUCAUCUCUAUACCUCUCACUGACACCAAUAAGGUGAUGGCAGGGCCAGGUAAACCUGGCGGAGUGAUCCGUGUGUAUGGUGAUGAGAACAGUGACAAGGUGACGGCUGGAACCUUCGUACCCUUCUGCUCCAUGGUGCACGCUCAGCUCUGUUUCCAUGGUCACCGAGACGCAGUCAAGUUCUUCACCGCUGUCCCAGGUCAGGUGAUCCCGUCAGGUGCAGGCGGAGCAGCGGAGGCGGGGGGUGACAACGGGGCAGAGGAGAACCCUCAAAAGCAGUUGGGCAAGUCUGUUCUGGUGAUGAGUGGAGGAGAGGGAUACAUCGACUUCAGGAUGGGUGAUGAGACUGAAGAGCCACUGGACGAGCCCACUCUGAAGCUGCAGCCGUUCCUGGCCAAAGCUGAGAGGAGUCACCUGAUCGUCUGGCAGGUCAUGGACAGCCAGGACUGAACUUUAACCUCUGACCAUGCCACGGCGAUGAGGAGCCUAUUUAAAGCAGGAACAAGCUGUCCAGUCAGAUUCACUCUUUUGCAUGUUUAUUUUUGUUUAUUUAUUUUCUUCUAAUUUUGGUUUUGUAUCUUUGUUUUGUUUUACAUUUUUUUAAUUAAAUGUUUUAUUUUACUGAUUGUAUUGUAUUUUAAAUCUGAUACAAGCCUGUCGCGCUUCUAUUAUUAUUAUUAUUAUUAUUACUAGAAUGAUUAUUAGUGAAAACAAAAAAAAUGGUGAUUUCAAUUUUCUUAGAUCAUAUUUUGCACCUGGUUUUCUAUUGGAUGCUUAGGGUCCAACCCCUCUGUCCAAAUACUGUGUGGUGAUUGGUGGAAUCAAUGCAGGGUCAGGGUGUGUCUUUGGCCUCCCCUCUGUGCUUUCUUUCAGAUAGACGGAGAGGAGACAAUACUGUAUAAGAGACCUGCUCACAGGAGAAUAAUGAUGGUUUAUUGGUUAUGAUGUGUUUUGAAAUGCAAAACCAAAUCAACCCCAUGAUGUCUCACAUCGUCCAAUAAGAAAGAAGGGAUUACAGGACAAUCCAGCAAGUGAGCCAAUCCUGUGUGUCCUGAAUGACACAGACGUACUCUUGCGUGAUAGAUUUUAUUUUGUGAGAACAUGGUUCUUGAUUGUAUGAAAGACAGUUUUUAAUCAAUUGUAAGAGUUUUCUGGACCUGGGAUCAGUGUUGUCCUCCAUUACUGGGCUUAUGUUUAGGCUAACCUAAUAGAUCUCUGAUCAAUCAUGUCCGUAGCUGCUGGGGCAGAGAAUCGCCUUGUUUCAAUACUUUCGAAAUGCACCUUUUCUUUCUAGGGGUAAUGAUUGACAAGAUUUAAAUAGGAUGGAUACAUAUAGAUUAAUAAUUUAUUACCUCACGGAAGGAAGGCAGUGUUGCAUUGCAAGUGUUGGAACAGGGCUUCCGUCUUUAGUUUCUGGGCCGCUGCUCUCCCGCCUUCCCUCCCUCCCACCAGCUAGAGCUUGCAGACACUUUACGAAAAUCAACGGCUGCCUUAUGUUUGAAAGUUGAGAAAAAAUAUAUUGAAAACUACAUUAUGGACUUUAAGUGUGACAGAUUUAUUUAUUCCUAUGUGAAAGAAUGUUACAUGGCCGGUUACCAAAUAAAGUAAAUGUGUAAUGUGUGGCCUUGUAGCAGCAUGUUCAGCCCCGUCUCUCUGUAAAUACAAUAACAUUUUGCCAGACCGUCUUUGUUAAAAUGAUCAUGGUGUAUAGAAUAGAGAUAUAUUUUUAAGCUGUCAUCUCUGCAAAUAAACUAAGAGCACUCUCCGAGAGCAGAGAUGUUGGUGUAUAAUAGCCGGCUUCUCUGCUUCUGACAUCUUUUGUACGCUGAGAGUAGAUGUUACCCAUAGGCACAGAUCUAGGAUCAGUUUAUCUUCUCUAAAUCCCAACAUGAAACAUUAAGGGGAACAACUCAACACUGACCUUAGAUCAGCGUCUAGGAACAACUUCUUUCUUCUACCUUUUGUACACUAGAGGGCAAGGUGGCUCCCCCCAUAGGUUGCUAUGAUACUGAAGUUUUCAGACUCUAAGCCUAUUUUGAUUAACUUUUUGUACAUUUUGUCUUUUUAGACUCUGGUUGCAUCUAAAAUGACACAUUGAUUCCCCAUCUAGUACACUAUUUUGGCCAGGCUAGUUGAAAGAAGUGCACUAGAAAGGGGGUAAGGUUUCAUGUGUCUCUGGUCUGUGCAUCAACAGAUUUAGCUGGUGUCUGUCCUGAGGGGUGAAAGUGUGUGUGUGUUUCUCUCCAGGAGAAGAUCCCUCAUAUUGCAGUUUAGCCAUUUCAGUAUUUAUUUCUAUGAAAGAGCAUUUGCAGUUCAGAAUGUAACUUUGUACAAUAUGAAAUAUCACUAUAUAUGUGAGCGACCGACUUGAUUCGGUCUUAUGUAGACAAAUUUGAAAUUGUGUUUUUUACAUUAGAUAUUAUUUUGACAAGGAUUGUUAUUGGAAUGGUCAAUACAUGAGUGGUUGAAUUAGAGAGAGAAACUACUGAGCUAUGCACUACAUCCACAGGGGAAGGUUGAGUGUUCUGGGUAGGAGUUGUCAUUGGGCAGUGAUCUAGCAACAGCUUAUCCUUACAAAAUCCUUCAUUACGGCUAAGGUGAAAUGUGUAAAACAGACCAGUGCCUAAGAUCAGCUUCUUUCUACUCUAACCUGGAGGUUGAUGAACAGGUCACAGUCGUGUGUCCCCCCCCCCCCCCCCCCCACAUAAAAAACUGUUGUGAUGCAUCACCUAUGUACUGAUACAGCGUCUCAGCCUUGUUCUUUUAGCAUUCAAUUAAACUGACUUUUUUGGGGAAA